UCUAUAUCUGAUUUUAAAACCAAAAGAAGACCCUAUAUUUUCGGCGGCUAAGGUUGUUCGCGUCAUUUCACGUUUAGCAUCGGCGAUAACGGGAGCGACUAAUACCAUUGCCUACGAAGAAGGAAAGAUUAGAGAGAAGAUGUACAGAGGAGACAGAGGGAUUGGGGCGGCGGAUCGGAAGCGGGUCAACGAGGUGCUUGAUAAGCAGCUGGAACGAUCGUCGCCCUCCACUUCGAGAGUGACCAACGGCAAGGAUAAGUCCGCACGUUACCUCCUCACGGGGAAGCCCCCAACCGAUCAUCAUCGCGACUCUCGCUCCGUUUCUCUACCCAAAGCAGACGCCGAAGAUGAAUCUGAAACAGACAGCGAAGAGUCGGAUGUUAGUGGUUCUGAUGGGGAUGAUACAUCUUGGAUCUCAUGGUUUUGCAACCUACGUGGAAAUGAAUUCUUUUGCGAAGUGGAUGAUGACUACAUACAAGAUGAUUUUAACCUUUGUGGGCUAAGCAGCCAGGUUCCUUAUUACGAUUAUGCCCUUGAUUUAAUUUUGGAUGUUGAAUCUUCCCAUGGAGAUAUGUUUACAGAGGAGCAAAAUGAAUUAGUUGAAUCUGCAGCAGAAAUGCUUUAUGGUCUGAUUCAUGCCAGAUACAUAUUGACAAGCAAAGGAAUGGCUGCUAUGCUAGAUAAGUACAAGAUCUAUGAUUUUGGAAGAUGCCCCAGAGUUUACUGCUGUGGACAACCUUGUCUUCCAGCUGGUCAAUCAGAUAUCCCUCGGUCAAGCACUGUAAAAAUAUACUGCCCUAGAUGUGAAGAUAUCUACUACCCUCGGUCCAAGUAUCAAGGCAACAUCGAUGGAGCCUACUUUGGGACCACAUUUCCACACCUGUUCCUGAUGACAUACGGGCACCUGAAGCCACAGAAGGCAACACAAAGCUACGUUCCAAGAGUAUUCGGGUUCAAGAUGCACAAGCCAUGAUAUAUCGGAAUCAAAGAUCACUUCCGGGCACACAAGUUUGUAUCCCGAGCUUCUACUUUGGAAGUAAUGGUUUUGAACGAUGAGGUAUAGUUUGACAGUCCCUCUCAAGUAAAUCAUGUUUUAGAGCCGAUUUUAAAUGUUCUAAAAAAGUAUUACCAUAAAGCAUAUUUGCUAGCAGCAAGUGUUAAUUGAGCAG